GUUAUUAUUUAGUUAUGUUGUUGCUUGGUUACAUUUGAUGCCUCCGCACGUGGGAAGCUACCGGUUUGAAAGACGCGGCUUCACUUGCUUUUCUGCACCAAGAUGGCAAGAAUCAGACGAUUUGAGAAAGCUGUUUGCUGGAGCGACGACAGAUACUGGGCAACUUGGGACAAGUGGGGAGAGGUGAUUGACUGGGGAGAUGAGAAAGAGCUGUGCUCCCCAGCAGAAUCACCUUCUGACCAGGCUGACAGUUCCACUGAGUCACAUUCCCGAAGGCGAAUUGCCAAGGCAGUUAGCUGGACGGAUGAUGCUUAUUGGGCAGCCUGGGACAAGUGGGAAGAGAUCAUCUGCUGGGGUGAUGAAGAGGAGUGCUCCCAAGUAACUCCACCCACUAGCCAGCUUGGGAGGGAUAAGGGGAUAGAUGUACAUGGGUUGGAGGCUUUUGUGAUGAAUAACAGGACAAUCUCCAUAAAGCCUGUAGACAACCAUCGAGACAGUCUGGAGAUAGGAGCUGUGCUGGUUGACCUCUGCCAGUUUGAUCUCGAAUAUUUAGAUCAAAGUAAAUUUGAUUUUGAAAUUGUACAAGUACAAAUUGGAGAAGUCAAAGUGGAGGAGACUAGAGAAAAGGCUUUUGAAAAAGCAUUUGAAUUGGAAAUUGUGGAUGUGGCAGUAGAAGUUAUAAACAGUGAAUUCCAACUGAAUGCAAUAAAUUUGGAUAUUGUUGAGACUAAGGUGGACAAAUUAUUAUUGGAAGAACUGAUCGUUGGCGAUUUAGAAGCAGGCAAUGUGAAGGUGUCAGUGUCAAAUGGCAAUGUGGUGAAGGUACCCUUAAGGUACCCUUCACCACAGAGGAACAGAAGGACCAGGCAACCUUAGACCAUACUCUCUGGUGGUUGACUCGUGGCAACUGGACUUGUCUCUGAAAGUUAGAAACAUUUCGCUGCUCAUCCAAUCAGCUUCUUCAGACUGAGGGAGGUAGUAAGUGUCCACAUAUUUAUCCUCCUGGGUAAGUAGUAUAAGGGGGCUCGUUGAGUGAAACAA